CGACAGGCUCAUGUUGCUUUAUCCGGGUCGUAUCCAAAAUCCCUGCGGACAGACCCUUUUCAUCCAUUGUCAGACGUGAAAACGGCUAAGCCAAAAGUAAAAAGGCUCUCUUUUAAAUACUUUACAGGUCAUUAUCUUCCUUGACAAAGCACCAAGAUAAUAAGACAAUGCUCCGUUCGCGCCUGCGGAACCUCCCCUGCCAACGUCCCUCCGCCUGCAGUGUUCCAGCGCCUGAUCUACUACAUGAGGAUGUCAACACCGAGAUCAACGAGUCACUUGAGGAUAUUUUCGAAGCUUCUCGGACGCACCUCUUCCCAGAUAACCCGCGGCUAUACUUAGGCGGCCCUGGCGAGCAGCUUCUCUAUAACACCUGCUGGGGCGAUCUGACGGUCAUGGUGCCCACGUACCCGAGCCUGAGUGAUCAACAUCUAGAGGAGAAUGAUAUCAAACUGACAGAGAAAGAUGGGCAACCAGACCAGGUAAAUCAGGCGCGCAAGCUAUUUGCUCAUUACCUGUGGAAUGGAGCCUUAGUAGUCGCUGAGGGUGUGGAGGAUGCUUAUUCUAACAGCGGGGAGGCAAACCCCAAGCAGGAGGAAGCUCGUGAGAUAUGGCAGGUGGAAGGCGAAAGUGUAUUGGAGCUAGGCGCCGGCGCCGCUCUCCCUUCGCUGAUCUGCGCCCUAGCCAAGGCAGCCACUGUCGUUGCUACAGACCACCCUGUCUCGCCCGCCCUUGGGGGGGCAAUCACCUUCAAUAUGGACCACAAUCUGCGCAAUCGCCCCGAAUUAGCUACCGCGCAUGUCUCUACCCACCCCCAUGAAUGGGGUUUGUUCUCGGACUCGUUCUCCCAACAAAACCAGAGCGCCUUUACUCGUAUCAUUGCCACAGACUGCUUCUGGCUGCAUUCACAGCAUGAAAACCUCGCUCGUUCGUUGCAAUGGUUCCUCGCACCUGGCGGCAAAGUCUGGGUUGUAUCAGAGCUUUAUGUAGGCCGACAAGUUGUGGCUGGCUUUUUUGAGACGGUGCUAGGGAUGGGUUUUGAAAUUGAGUCAAUCUCCGAGCGAGAUCUGGCGGCAUAUAUGGAUUGCGGCAUUGAGAUAAGGAGAGAGUGGGUGCCUGGGCGGGAGAGCGAUGACUCAGAGAGCUGGAGACGAUGGUGCGUGGUUGCCAUAUUAAAAUGGGAUGCUCGAUUCUGACGCCAACAAUCAACUUGAUUCCUCGAGUGAGCCUCUUGUAUAAUGUCCAGUGGCUUUGUAAACUGCUUUGCUAGAGGUACGGAGUUGUCAACCGUAGAUACACGCGGUCGGUCGAUGAUGAGAAGCAUUAAAUUUUCAUGCCAGUGUAGAAGUUCAUCGGGUAUUUUCCAGCUGCUAAUUGCCCUCGCAGGCCUGGGUAUACGU